AAAAUGGCCUUAGCCGUGCUGCAUGCACUGGACUCAGCCAGAACACAAUGGUACCACGUAACGGCUAUUGUCAUAGCCGGAAUGGGUUUCUUCACGGACGCUUACGACCUCUUUUGCAUCUCCACCAUCUCCAAACUCCUUGGCCGCCUUUACUACUACAAGCCUGGCACCGGAAACCCGGGGAAGCUCCCACAGGACGUCAACAACUUCGUGAUAGGUGUUGCCCUAGUCGGAACCCUAUCGGGUCAGCUCGUAUUCGGGUGGCUCGGUGACAAACUAGGCCGAAAGAAGGUCUACGGGAUAACCCUAAUCAUAAUGGUUAUUUGUGCCAUUUGCUCCGGCCUAUCAUUUGGCUCCUCAGCGGGCUCUGUUAUGACAACCUUGUGCUUCUUCAGGUUUUGGUUAGGGUUUGGUAUCGGCGGCGAUUACCCUCUCUCUGCCACGAUUAUGUCUGAAUACGCCAACAAAAUGACUCGUGGGAGGUUUAUAGCAGCGGUGUUUGCGAUGCAGGGUGUCGGAAUCAUUUUUGCCGGGUUGGUGUCUAUGAUAUUGUCGAAAAUCUUCCUCGACCUGUAUCCUGCACCGGCAUUCAACGCCAUCCCUGUGGAUUAUUCGCAUGUAAUGUCCACGCAGCCACAGGCGGACUAUCUGUGGCGGAUUGUGCUUAUGCUUGGAGCUUUUCCCGCACUUGUCACUUUCUACUGGAGGAUGAAAAUGCCUGAAACAGGUCGGUACACCGCCUUGAUUGAAGGCAACGCCAAACAAGCAGCUUCUGACAUGGGUAGGGUCUUGGAUAUCGAAAUCCAAGAUGAACAAGAUAAGUUGGCCCAGUUCAAGGCUGCCAAUGAUUACUCAUUAUUCUCCGGAGAGUUCGUUAGGCGUCACGGAAAACACCUAAUUGGUACAACAACUACUUGGUUCUUGUUGGAUAUCGCCUUUUACAGCCAAAACUUAACACAAAAGGACAUUUUCCCAGUGAUGGGUCUCACUCAAAAGAACGUCGAGGUUAACGCGCUUCGAGAAAUGUUCGAGACCUCUCGAGCAAUGCUUGUAGUUGCGUUUUUGGGCACCUUCCCUGGUUACUGGUUCACCGUCUUCUUCAUCGAGAAACUUGGCAGGUUCAAGAUCCAACUUUUGGGAUUCUUCAUGAUGUCUUUGUUCAUGGGCAUCAUAGGCUACAAAUAUGACGACGUCAAGAACAACAAGUACAUGUUUGCAACCUUAUACGGCCUCACUUUUUUCUUUGCCAACUUUGGCCCCAACAGCACCACGUUUGUGCUUCCGGCUGAGCUGUUUCCGACUAGGGUUAGAUCCACGUGUCACGCAUUGAGUGCGGCGGCAGGGAAGGCCGGGGCCAUGGUGGGGGCAUUUGGGGUGCAAAACUAUACUUUAAAGGGUGAAGUGAAGGAAAUUAGGAAGGCUAUGAUAUUCUUGGCUGUCACAAACAUGCUUGGGUUUUUCUUCACAUUCUUGGUCACUGAGACCAAAGGCCGGUCCUUGGAGGAGAUCUCCGGAGAGGAUGGUAGCAGUGAUCGCAAAGCCGGAACACAGAUGACUGGUGCCAAUACAUCAGCGACAACAAGGACGACGUACUAG